AUGCCCUCUUCUUUUUCUUCGUCGAAGCCUGACGCCUCUUCCUACCCAUUCUCCCUCCCUGGCCUGCUGCCUUUCUUCUGCAUACCCAGUACUGUUCGGUGCUCCUUUCGAUCAACAACUUCUGCUUUUCAACUUAUCUCUUUUCCAAAAAUUUCCUACCCAAUCACCCCAUUCUCGAGCCGCAGCUCUUCUCCGGCCUCGUCGAUCCUCCACGCUCACGGUCAUACGCACACGCACAAAUUCCCACCCGCCAACGCCCUCUACCAACUAGUCGGGAAAUCCAACUUCCAGCUUUGGCUCUCGGCCAUCAAACCAUAUCUAUUCUCGAACAUCGAAUCCACUGGCUUAAUCCUCGGUGGGUGGACCGAGCCAAAGCCUGGGCCCACCUCACGUUCUCAACCGACUACCCCUUCCACCAAUGAGAGGUCAACAACCAGUACAAGCGAACAUUGGGAUCGAGAGCGAUGGACAGCAGCCAAUACUGAGACAUGCCGCUUCAUUCGUGGCACACUGGCCAUCAAUGUUCUCCCGCAUGUCCGCCAGCACCACACAGCCAAAGCCCUCUGGCACAACCUUCUCUGGCUAUAUGGAGAGCAGGCCGGAAUCGAUACGCAAGGUGGCCCCCCUGUCACGGUUUCUGGACCAUUCGGAAGUGCAAAUAGCAACGGCAAUGGAAAUCUUGUGGCACGGAACGGGCAAGGAGGAAGUGAUGGUAGGGCAACACUCCUGCCAGCGUUGGCGGUGAGGAAUAGCGCUUCUGUCGAUUUUGAUCUCGACGUGAAUAUCGCAACGCCUAUUUCGUCCACUUCGGGGACGAAGCUUCCGCCUGUCACCAAAGCCUUCGGCGAAGCAUCCUCGUCAAGACCAUAUGGUACGUUUCUCGAAGUGCGGCCUCUCGAUGGACUUGAGGAACGAAAUGAACAAGACGCCUUUGAAGAAGGAGAAGAUAUCGAGGACCACAUCGUCGACACUCCCAGCAAAAUUCCCGUUUCCAGCAAAGCUGCGAUUCCGACUCCCGUCAUCGUCACAAUUACAGACUCCAUGACCCUGUCUCGGAUGGGAAAAAGCCAAGGAAAAGAGACCAGCACUCCUCUCGUACAGACCAACUCGCAGCAGCUUCCCCCAAGGCUACCAACUUCAGUGCCUCACGUCAAAGACAACGCUACCACCAACCUCUGGACGGUCCACGAAGACGAAGAAGUCGUCCACCCAGGCCGCCGCGUCGACCUAAGCGACAGCUCAGUCCUGAUCCGCCGCCACCACCACCACUGUUCAGUCUCGAUUUUGCAUCGACCAGUCCCUUCUCGUGAGCGAGGUGUCACGAAGAAAGACGAAGACGAAGACGAAGAGAAAAAGACCGAUUUCAUCACCGACGGCCCGAGAGGCAAUGCGAAAAUUGCGAAGAAGAGGCUGGCCGCAGCAGUUGGUGGAUUCAAGCGCAUCUUCAUCGUCGACAGCCCAGGUUCCAGCACGGACGAGUGA